AUGAUGCAGAACACCACAUGCCCCAUAGCUAUCAUUGGAAUGGGCUGCCGCCUCCCUGGCGGAGCUAAUGACCCGGAAAAGCUCUGGGAUAUGCUUUCAGCGGGCCGCGAUGCUUGGUCCAAAGUUCCCGCGGAUCGUUUCAAUUCUGGAUCUUUCUAUCACCCCAAUCCAGAUAUGAACGGAACAAUCAGUCAUCAGGGAGGGCAUUUCCUAGACCAGGAUCUCUCGAUGUUUGAUCCUUCAUUUUUUGGCAUCUCUUCGGCUGAGGCUCAUGCCAUGGACCCUCAACAGCGAUUGCAGCUCGAGACAGCUUACGAAGCCCUCGAAAAUGCGGGCGUUCCUUUGGACAAGAUCCAAGGCUCAGAUACGGCUGUUUACAUGGCCACGUUUGCUCGGGAUUACGAUCGGAUAAUGUAUAAGGAUACCGACGAUAUAGCAAAGUAUCACAUGACAGGUACAGGGGAUGCUAUCCUCUCUAAUCGUGUUUCGUAUGUCUUCGACCUGAAAGGCCCCUCUAUGACAAUCGACACGGGCUGUUCAGGGAGCAUGGUCGCCUUGCACCAAGCAUGUCUCAGCAUUCAGACGGGGGAGUCAUCCCUUGCACUCGUUGGGGCGAGCAACUUGAUCUUGUCUCCAGACCAGAUGAUUCCAAUGACACUCUUGCAUAUUCUGAAUAAUAGAGGUCGUUGCUUUACAUUUGACGCCAGAGGCUCCGGAUAUGGACGAGGCGAGGGCGCUGCCUGUCUCGUUCUCAAGCGGUUGGACGCUGCGUUGGAAGACGGUGAUCCAAUUCGGGCAGUCAUCCAUGGUACAGGUGUGAACCAGGACGGCAAGACGUCGUCCGGCAUUGCUGUCCCAAGUCAAAAGUCUCAAGAAACCCUCGCUAAGUCCGUUUACUACCGUGCCGGCUUAGAUCCCAAUAAAGUGGGUUAUGUGGAGGCGCAUGGAACUGGUACUGUUGCAGGAGAUGCAAUCGAAACUGGAUCUAUCUCGAACGUUUUCUGUUGCGGGCGAAACGCGGACCAGCCGCUCGUCAUCGGCUCCAUAAAGGCGAAUAUCGGCCACCUCGAAAGCGCGAGCGGAAUAUCCGGUCUCAUCAAAACGGUGCUGAUGCUCGAACGAGGAAAGAUUGUCGCAAAUUUGAAUUUCGAGAAGCUGAAGCCGAAUCUUGAUUUUGAGGGCCGUAAAUUGAGGAUUGCUAGGAUAAUUGAAGAUUGGCCGCUGCCGGUAACGGGCCAGCGACUUGCUUCUGUGAACAGUUUCGGCUAUGGGGGUACGAAUGGGCAUGCGAUCUUGGCCUCAUAUCAACCUCACGACAACCCUGAGUCGAACGGAGUUCCUCGGAGUUGUAUCACUUCAAAACAGCUAACAAAUGGGACCCUUUUCGUGAAUGGAAAGGGCAUGUCUCAGCUCAAGGGGUGUCCGACUUUACUGGUUUUGACUGCAAAAUCAGAGAAAUCGUUACUCCAGCAGGCUGAUAGAAUGAAAGAAUGGGCACAGUCCCGUGAGAUCAAAGAGGAUGACUUGCGGAACCUCUCCUAUACUCUUUGCUCGAGACGCACGUUAAUGAACUGGAGAUGCAGUAUCGUGGUCCCUUCUCCCAAUCAUCUCGUACCGAUGCUGAAUCAACGACCGCUUAGGACGACCAGAACAUCGCAUAGUGUGCAAGUGGCCUUUGUUUUCUCCGGACAAGGGGCUCAAUGGAUUGGUAUGGGCCAAGAGCUCAUGAUGGUCAAUUCGAAAUAUAUGGAAUCAUUGCGCAAGUCAGACGAGAUUUUGCAAAGCCUAGGUUCCACCGUUAGUGUUAUUGAAGAGUUGCUCCUUGAUGAUGCCACCUCACGCAUCAAUCAGAGUGAGAUCGCUCAGCCCGCAGUAACGGCAAUCCAGAUUGCGCUUGUGGAUCUCCUGCAGGCUUGUGGGAUAACACCUAAGGCGGUUCUAGGCCACUCUAGUGGAGAGAUCGCGGCGUCAUAUGCAGCGGGUGCGCUCACACAUUUCGGGGCUAUAGCGGCGUCCUAUCAUAGAGCAUUUGUCGCAGCCAUGGUACGAUGUAAAUCUAACGUGCCAGGCGGCAUGAUGGCAGUUGGCCUCGGCGAGGCCGAAGUUCUUGAGCUCAUGUCACGGAUGUCGAUUUCGCCAGGCAGCCUGGAAAUUGCGUGUGUGAAUAGCCCAGAAAGUACGACAGUCUCCGGGGAUUACUCGUCCAUAUUAUCCUUCCAGUCGAUACUUGCACAGGGCAACAUAUUCAACAGGAUCCUGAAGGUAGAUACUGCCUACCAUUCUUUCCACAUGAAAAGGGUUGCGGGAGAAUAUCGAGAACGCCUCGCCGGAUUAGAAUCUACUAAACCUAUUGGGACUAUAUUCCUGUCGUCCGUUACAGGGACCGAAAAGACCACAGGGUUCGGGUCGGACUAUUGGGUUGAGAAUUUGGUCUCCAAGGUCCGUUUCUCGGAAGGCCUAGUGGCCAUGUGCAACGCUAUGAAAACGCUCGUGGUGCCGGAUUCCACCUGCAUAUUUAUAGAAAUUGGGCCACACAGUGCGCUUUCAGGGCCUUUCCACCAGACUCUGAGCUCAUUGUCGUAUUCGUACGGACAGAAUGUGUACAUCUCAACCUUGCUACGGAAAAAGAAUGCCAUAACAUGUAUGGUCGAAGCAGUUGGUAGAGUCUUUGAACUGGGAUCGGUGGUCAACUUUGAGGGGCUCCCCACGUCAAGAAACCACUACGAGCGACCUACUGUGUUACGGGAUUUGCCCCCAUACAGCUGGGAACACAACAACCCCUAUUGGCACGAGUCACGAAUCAGCAAGGAGCACCGUUUUCGGCAAUUCCCGCCUCAUGAUUUAUUGGGAGUCAGAGUAGCGGGAACUUCGCCGAACGAGCCGACCUGGCGCAACAUCUUGAGCCAUGACCGCCUACCUUGGCUUCGCGAUCAUAUUGUGGAUAACAUCACGGUCUUCCCUGGCUCAGGAUAUCUCUGCAUGGCCAUUGAAGCAAUGCGACAGAUUCUAGCCAUCCGUAAAGUAUCGAGGACCCCGGCCGAAUAUGUUCUUCGGGAUAUCUCAUUUUCCAAAGCCCUCACCAUUCCCGAGUCACCUGUAAAGGUGGAUCUUCAGCUCAAUUUGCGUUCUGUUCAAUCGGUUCCAGACAAAUCGUUCUCCGGAUGGGAAGAGUUCUCCAUCUCGUCUGUGUCCCAGAACAACAUUUGGACGGAACAUUGCAGAGGGCAGAUUGCCGUUGAAUUCGAUGAUUCUGCUCAUGUGACUCUAGAGGGAGAUACCACCUGCAACCAAAUCUUUAAGGAUUGGAUCCAGUCUCCUCACGCAUGUGAGAAAACAGAUCCCGAAGAUAUUACAUCGCAGCAAUUCUAUGAGCAAUGUCAAUCAGUAGGGAACAUAUACAGACGAACCUUUUCCAAUCUUAAGAGAAUUAGCAUUAAUGGCCAGCGGGCAUUCGGAAUGGUGGAAACACCAAACAUCGUCGAGUGCAUGCCAUCCAAGUUUGCACAGCCCCAUGUUAUUCAUCCCUCGACGCUGGACACAGUGUUCCAGCCCAGUUUAUUGCUAUAUCUUCGACAUUGUUCUCGCGGUUCGAUUAUGCCAGUUUUCCUUGACCACAUCUCAAUUUCUGCACGACUAGCUAGUGCGCCCGGCGCAAAGCUGCAGGUGCUUACGAGUCUGAAUCCAUCAAGCAUACGUUCAGCGGUCGUCAACACGGAUGUCUUCCAAAACGUGGAUAGCUCAGAACUCGUUCGGGUUCUCCGUGUCACCAAUUGCGAGCUGCGUGGAUUAGGAGACGCAGAAGCGUCUACUCUCGAAGCUAACACAGAGCGUCUCAUUACUUACAGAAUGGAAUGGAAGCCUGACAUUACGUUCAAAUCCCAACCGCCGACUUUACAACCUGAAAUUUUGCCAGAUCCUCGGGACAAGCAUGCUGAAGAGAAGGCAACCCUGCUCAAUCUGUCUGCCUCGUUAUACAUCAAAUCGCUGCUUGCUGCACUUGAUGAGGCGAAACCAAAAAUCCCUGCAAAGCACCACAGGCUUCUAAUUGACUGGAUGAGAGUGUAUGUCGACUCAGAUUUGGGCAUGAGCCUUCUCUCUACUGAUGCAGAGAGCGAAUACAUAGUUCACACGAGGGCAAAACUUGCGGGUGUAGAGGGCGAAAUAGUUACCCGCACGGGGCCUUGCCUGCUUGAUAUCGUUACCGGCAAGAGCGACCCUCUCGCAGUCAUGCUCGAAGACAACUUGCUGUAUCGCGUAUAUUCCGAGGACUCUUCUAUGCACUGCUACUCCCAUCUCACAGAGUAUCUGAAAAAAUUCUCGUUCAAAAAGCCGUAUCUGAAAGUCUUGGAAGUUGGAGCAGGUACUGGGGGCACGACACUAUCUCUUCUCGAGGCACAUAGCGACAGCAGUGGGUUGAUCUUUAAGAGCUACGACUACACGGAUAUCUCUUCCGGCUUUUUUGAUCAUGCACAUUCAAAGUUCAAGAGUUGGGAAGACAUUCUUCGGUUUCGUACUUUAGAUAUCGAACGAGACCCUAUCAGUCAAGGGUUCGAGGCACAGGAGUACGACUUGGUCGUCGCAUCUAAUGUCAUCCAUGCUACAAAAUUUGUGGCCAAAAGCCUUGCUAACGUUAGAAAGCUGCUAAAGCCAGGUGGAAAGCUCGCUCUGAUCGAGACUGUCCACAUGACAUCCCCGUACAUGACGACUUUUGGCCUGCUUCCAGGAUGGUGGGCUGGGAUAGACGAUGGAAGGAUGAAUGGACCCCUUCUCUCCGUCUCCAGGUGGAAUGAAGUUCUUUUGCAAUCGGGCUUUCUUGGGACCGAAAUUGCCAUAAACGACCUCGAGGGUCCCGCGCAUCGCUCCUCGCUCAUCAUAUCCGGGACCACACAGAGAGCUGAUAUACAGGAACACCCUGCCAUUAAAUUUAUCGCUGGACGCAUGACUACGCGCGCUCACGAUUUCCGGGCCGAGCUGAUCACGGAGCUUGAGAGCAAAGGGACCUCCCCCACGAUCAUCGAAUGGCCAUCUGCGACCGACAUUGACGAUUCCAUUCAUGUCAUUAUAGACAUAGAUGGGGACCCGAUGACCCUGAAUCCGUCCGAUGUGCUAUUCUCGCACAUCUCCAAUUUGUUGAUGCGUGCUUCUAAAAUACUUUGGAUUACCGGAGGUCGAAUUCAAACAGGCUGCAGAAAUGCUACCCAAGGGCUUGUAACAGGGCUUUCUCGAAUUGCGAGGGCAGAGAACAUUACAUUGAAAAUUGUAACUUUUGAUAUCCAGCAAGACCUCACGAUCAAUCGGGGAGGCCUGACACAAGCAAUCUCGAAAGUCCUGCUCACCUGCUUGCAAAACGGACCCCAAAGCAAUCUCGAAGAUAUAGAAUUCGUCUACCGAGACAGCCAAUUGCUGAUUCCGCGCUUGAUUCCGGAUUACGCCAUUAACGCUGUAGCAAUGAGUCCAGGCAAGAUACCGAAAUUUUCAAUGACAAACUUCCAUCAUCCCACUCGGGGCUUGCGUAUGAUUGUGCAAAAACCUGGACUUCUCGACUCUCUGAUCUUUGUUGAUGACGAAAAUGUAGAGGAAUCACUGAAGUCAGACGAAAUCAUAAUUCAGACUUCGGCUUGCGGAGUUAACUUUAAAGAUGUAUUCAUUUCUCUGGGUCAGAUGAAACCAGGAGUUCAAAUGACCGGCGAGUGUGCUGGUAUUGUAACCAAAGUGGGAAGUGACUUCAAAGAUUACGUCCAGGCAGGGGAUCGGGUGUGCGCAUUUCACGCCACUCCAUUUGCCAGUCAAGCCAAAGCCCGGGGUUACAAUGUCCAUGUAAUCCCAGACUCUAUGUCCUUCGUGGAAGCCGCUUCCAUACCGGUCAUUUUCAGCACAGCAUAUUACGGCCUCAUUGAUAUUGCUCGCCUCCAGCCUGGUCAGUCAGUUCUUAUCCACUCGGCCUCUGGCGGUGUUGGCCAGGCUGCGAUCAAAAUUGCGCAGCACGUUGGAGCUGAGAUUUAUGCGACAGUGAGCACUGACGCAAAGCGUCAGCUUCUACAAAACGACUACUCGAUACCAAGCAGCCGCAUAUUUUCCAGUCGUACGAGGGAUUUCAAGAAAGAGAUUCUUCACCUGACACAAGGCCGAGGAGUCGAUGUCGUCCUUAACUCAUUAGCUGGCGAGGGUCUGCAUGCUUCAUGGAGUUGCGUGGCGCCGUUUGGAACCUUUGUCGAAAUUGGCAAAUCCGAUAUCUUUAAGAAAAGCCGUCUAAGGAUGGAUGUUUUUGACAAAAAUGUGACCUUUGCGUCUGUUGAUCUUACGCUUAUGAGUGAGCUCCGGCCACUUACCAUCCAAAAUUUACUGAAAAAUGUUUUCAGCUUGUUCGAGAACGGAAGCCUUACAGUCGCAAAUCCGAUCACCACUUUUGAGAUUGGGGAAAUUGAACAGGCCUUCAGGUUUAUGCAAAGUGGAAAGCACACUGGUAAAGUCAUUUUAGUGGCCGAGAGUGAUGCUAUUGUCAAAGCCAUACCCACGGGACUGCCAUCUCUGGAACUCAGCCGCGAAGGUACUUACGUCGUAGCUGGUGGAUUAGGGGACCUAGGAAGACACGCCGCCCGCUUUCUAGCGAAACAUGGAGCCAGAAAUGUCUUGCUCCUUUCGCGCAGGAAGCUGAAAAUGUCAGAAGAAGAGGCCUUUGUUUCUGAAAUCCAGUCAUAUGGAUCGAAAGUCCACCUUGCUCAGUGCGAUAUUACCAACUUAAACAUGGUGAUGGAAACCGUUGAAUUGGCUCGGAGGACAAUGCCACCAAUACGGGGAGUCAUUCAAGCCGCAAUGGUGCUACAGGAUCGUUUGAUAGGCGAAAUGACAGGCGAAGAUUUCAAGGCUGCCUUGCUACCCAAAGUCGACGGAACCUGGAACCUCUAUGAUGCAAUUUCAGGCUCUGGACUGGACUUCUUCGUAAUGCUUUCCUCGUUGACCGGUAUAAUUUGCAUGAAAGGGCAGGCAAAUUAUGCGGCCGGAAAUGCUUUCCAAGACCACCUGGCUAGCUUUCCUCCUGACCCUCAUACGCAUUUUGUGUCCUUGAAUCUGGGUAUGAUUGAGGAUUCGGAUGUAAUUGCUAAACAUCCGGAGCGAGUUACAGGAUUGAUCAGGGCCGGUUGCAUUCCACUUAAAAUGUCCCACUUUCUCUCGCUUCUUAAUUAUGCUCUUAGUCCUCAAGCACGGCUAGACCAGGUGAAAGAGAUUGUCAUUGGUGUUGAUCGAGAAUCCCUCAAAGAACAGGACCAGCAAGUUAUUUUGCGUAAUCCCAUGUUCAGUCCGAUGCCGCAUUUCUCCAAAAACCAACAGCAGACCGAAGGCUCAAGGGCGACAAAAAGCAUAGAACAACUCAUUGCAGAGGCAAGUACUGAAGGAAAGGCUCUGGAAGUCAUACUGUCAGGCAUGACUGGAAAGAUCGCAGCGCUCAUGGCAAUGGAGCCGACCGAUAUCUAUCUUAACCGGCCUAUUGUAGAUCUCGGUAUGGAUUCUCUCAUCGCCAUUGAAUUGAAGAACUGGAUCCGUGGUACAUUACAAGUCACCAUACAGACAAGCGAGAUUCUUGAUAUGCCAAGCCUAUCUGCUCUAGCACAUCACAUUUUAGAAAGAUCAAAUUUAGUCCCCGAUGAGCUACGCAGCUCAGGUUCCGACGACCAGGGCAACGGCAUUAGGGAUGCCACCAUAGCUGGAAAAAACUUGGAGAGGUCCGCAGCUCUAGUACUUCCUCAACUUCCUCUGCCCGAGUUGGAGUCAUCUCUAAAUUUGUAUGUAGAAGCAGUCGAGAGCUUCUGUGACGAGAAACAAUUGCAAAAGACAAAGAAGUUGGUGUCAGAAUUUCUAGAUCCCAAUAGUCCGGGUAUGAAGCUACAGCAACGGCUUAUCGAGCGCGUAAAUGAUCCAGAGAUUGACGCCUGGCAAUUUGAGCUUUACACAGACCAUGUCUAUCUGCGGUGCCGAGCCCCAGUCAAUCCGUUCCAGCACUUUGGGGCUGGAUUUGACUGCGAUGUCGAGGGGGUCAACCGCCAGGCGAAACAGGCCGCCAUGGUUUCUGCGGCUGCUUUUGAAUUCAAGAUGCGUCUUGAAUCCGGAGAUAUAUCAUCUGAUGUUUUGAAUGAGCAGCCACUGUGCAUGAGCUCAUUGGACUGGAUCUUCAAUACCACACGGGAGCCGCAUGAAGAGAAGGACGUGAUGCGAAAGUUUCCGUGCAAUGACCAUGCGAUUGUGUUGAGGCGAGGUUGGAUUUUCCAGAUUUCCCUCAUUGAAAACGGGAGCCCCGUAUCAUGGGAGCAGCUGGAGGAGAUAUAUUCCUCCAUAAUAGAUGAAUCUUCGGACACGAAUCCCUCUCUCGCGUCUUUGACCGCCGAUGAUAGAGACAGCUGGGCAAGGAAUCGAGAACUCUUAAGAGGAGCAAGCGCAGCAAACCGAGAUGUCCUUGACACUAUUGAGGCAUGUGCGUUUGCUGUGUGUCUAGACGACGAUGCACCAGAGGGUGCCUCAGAGCGCUGGAGACAGUUCCUAUUGAGUAGUACCACGAACCGAUGGUCCGACAAGUCUCUACAAUUCGUGAUAUGCGAAAAUGGUGUAUCAGGUAUUGUCGCUGAGCAUUCCAUCAUUGACGGAGGCACUCUACAACAACUUAACGAGCAUAUCUGUAAGCGACUGGCCGAAAACUGUUCUGGGACAGCCUUGACGAACAGUUCUCUGUUGACUAAUGGUCAUGAAUUUAUAAAUGGCCAUACACCCGUUGCAUAUCGGCGUCUCCAUUUUGAUUUGGCGGAUAAAUUUAUAGCCGAGGCUUCCCGCAUUCAGCAGAGGUUCAAAAUCAUCACCGCCCCGCUGGCCUGUGAAGUUGGGAACUACCGGCUCCGAAAGAUGGGAGCCGCCCUGUUUCGAGGUUAUGGCUGUGCCCCUCGCGCAGGCUGUCAAAUUUUGAUCCAGCUUGCGGCACGCAUUUACUUUGGCCAGCAAGUGCCUUCAUGGGAGACGGUCUCGAUGCGAUCAUUUCGACGUGGUCGCGUUGACAUCGUGCAGACUGUAUUGCCUAUAGUCUUUCGCUUCUGUACUGCAGCGCUGAAGGACAGAGUCAAUGAUCAGAGUCUUCUGACUGAAAUGCGAUCGCUGUUCCUGGCUGCGGCGCAAGCACACACUGUCAAUGUGACAAGGGCGAGUCGGGGCUUUGGUUUCGCGGGACACUUGUACGCUCUGCAAGAAAUGAGGAAGGGCGAAGAGCCGGCACUGGAGCUAUUCAUCGAUCCUACGUAUCAACGCACACGACCGGCGAAGCUUAUGACGGAUUGCACCGAUUGGACCAAUGGGCUUUUCCAAGAAGGAGGGUGGGUCAUGCCAGAUCCAGAGCAUGUGUGGAUCCAUUAUGAAGUUUUAGAUGAAGAGUGA